AUGGCACACCAGCGUGUUCACACCAGGGGGCAGCCAUUCACCUGCACACGAGUUCACACUGGGGAGAAGCCAUUCAACUGCUCAGUCUGUGGGAAGGGAUUCACUCAAUCAUCCAACCUACUGAGUCAUCAGCGAGUUCACACUGGGGAGAAGCCGUUCACCUGUUCAGUCUGUGGGAAGGGAUUCACUCAGUCAUCCCACCUACUGAGUCAUCAGCGAGUUCACACUGGGGAAAAGCCAUUCACCUGCUCAGAAUGUGGGAAAGGAUUCACUCAGUCAUCCAAACUACUGGUCCACCAGCAAUUUCACACUGGGGAGCGGCCAUUCACCUGCUCACCGUGCGGGAAGGGAUUCACUAGCUCAUCUAAACUGAAGGUACAUCAGAGAGUUCACACUGGGGAGAAGCCAUUCACCUGCUCAGUCUGUGGGAAGGGAUUCACUCAGUCAUCCACUCUACAGAAUCAUCAGCGAGUUCACACUGGGGAGAGGCCAUUCACCUGCUCAGAAUGUGGGAAGCGAUUCACUCAGUCAUCCAGCCUACAGAAUCAUCAGCGAGUUCACACUGGGGAGAGGCCGUUCACCUGCUCAGAAUGUGGGAAGGGAUUCAUACUGUCAUUUUACCUACAGAGACACCAGCGAGUUCACACUGGGGAGAGGCCAUUCACCUGCUCAGUCUGUGGGAAGGGAUUCACUCAGUCAUCCAACCUACUGGUACAUCAGCGAGUUCACACUGGGGAGAAGCCAUUCACCUGUUCAGUCUGUGGGAAGCGAUUCACUCAGUCACACCAUCUGCAGAAUCAUCAGCGGGAUGAGCAGAUGAAUAGCCAAACCCCAGUGUGA